AUGGGACACUCUACGGCGUGCUCGGACUUCAUCGGCUCGAACGGGGAGAAGCAGUCGGAGAACAGCAAGCCACGGCCCGUUAAAGACGUCUUUGUUGCUGACGUGGAGCGGUUCGACAUUCUGCUCGACCAUUCGGCGCAUUCGCAGUCGACCACCUACACCGGUGACGGCACGAAGGCGUACGACUUCGAGAUGCUUGGCAUUUGGGAGGUGUGCGAGGAUAACUCGAAAUCCGAAUCGGAGAACUGCACGGAUGUGCCCAUCCUCUGCGUGCACGAGAACUGCCCUCCAGGCUCAGCCCUGCCGCCCAGGGACCCGGAUGCCCCGGCGCUGAUCGCGGCCAGGGCCCGGACGCGGGCGUCUCCGACCAGCGAGGACAGCCACGAGGAUACCCCUUACAAGAAGAAAGGGAGUUACGAGACGAUGGAGCCUUCCGAUGAGCCCGACCUGGUAGACGAGUUCGAGUUGGCAGACUACUGGGUGCGGAAGAACCACGUUGCCGCAACGACGAAGGGCGACCUCCUGAAGCUCAGCAGGCUGAUACAGACCGCGGGCGUCGCGCUGGACAAUAAUGUGACCCACGGGGCCGGCGAGACGUACCGGAACGACGGUUUUGCCAUUGUUGUCCGAAUAGAAUACAGCAAUGAGGUUCCAUGGCUCGGUCUCCAGGUUUCUCCCUGGAAGCCCACGGGGCCUACCAUGUUUUACAAGUACCACGUCAUUCCGCAUUCCACUGGCGAUGUCAAGCUUCGCAAGGUGGACUAUUUCUCGGACGAAGACCACCAGCAGGUCACCAGGGAGGUCGAGGAGUUCCGCGGCAUCCGAAUUGUCGUGGAGCAGACAGGCUCCAUUAGGGUUUGGGACACCAUGCAGCUCAUGUUCCUGGUGACGACCACCCUCGCACUCCUGGCCGUCGCCAGCUGCAUCCUCGACACUGUGGCUCUCGGUUGCAUGUCGCGAAGCAGCGAGUACCGGCGGCUCAAGUUUGAGACGGAGGUGGAGCGCCCUUGGUAUUCGACGCCCAGGGAGAGGCCCAGGGCGACAAAUGCCUCGCCCUGA